AUGGCUGGGGACUCGGGUCUCUUCUCUGAAGGACCGCUCUUACAGCUGCUACCCUUAGACUCUAGAGAUCGGGGUACCCAGCGCUGCCGCCUAGGCCCAGCCGCCUUCCGCGCCUUGGGCGCACACUUGGGCUCGGCCCUGAAGAUCUCGCUGCCAGACGGCGGCUCCUGCCUCUGCACCGCCUGGCCGCGGCGGGACGGAGCUGAUGGCUUUGUGCAGCUGGACCCGCAGUGCGCGAGCCCCGGGGCUGCGGUGGGGUUGGCGGGGUCGAGGGGGACCCUGAGCCUGAAUUGCUUGAGCCUGGUGCCUUGCUCGCCUUUGCGGCGCCUCACCGUGUGGCCAGUGUUGCGGGAGCGGGUGGGAGCGCCCGCGAUCCUGGGCCCAGACGCCGUGUUGGAGGCGGCGCAAGAGCUGCUGCGGAACAGACCAGUCUCUCUGGGCCACGUGGUUGCUGCUCCACCAGGUGCCCCGGGGCCCGUGGCCGCCCUGCACAUAGUCAGCGGAACACCCAGUCCCGAUUCGGCUGGGUUGGUCACCCCUCACACCCGCAUCGUCCUCAGCGGGACUUCCCCUUUGGAAGCGGAGCCGCGGCCCGAGGUGCCCCUGGGCGGGCUGUCGGAAGCGGCCGACUCGCUGCGGGAACUCCUUUACCUUCCCCUCCGUUAUCCUUGCGCCCUUGCCGCGCUGGGACUAGCCGUGCCCCGCGGAGUGCUCCUGGCGGGCCCCCCCGGGGUGGGUAAAACCCAGCUGGUGCGCGCUGUGGCCCGAGAGGUGGGCGCGGAGCUGCUGGCCGUGAGCGCCCCCGCGCUGCAGGGCUCUCGGCCGGGGGAGACCGAGGAGAACGUGCGGCGGGUCUUCCAGCGAGCCCAGGAGCUGGCCAGCCGCGGCCCCAGCCUUCUCUUCCUGGAUGAGGUGGAUGCACUGUGUCCCCGGAGGGGCGGUCCACACGGAGCCCCCGAGAGUCGUGUGGUGGCUCAGGUGUUGACGCUGCUAGAUGGCAUCAGUGGGGACCGCGAGGUGGUGGUUGUGGGAGCCACUAAUCGGCCGGAUGCUUUAGACCCAGCGCUAAGGAGACCCGGGAGAUUCGACAGAGAGGUUGUCAUUGGGACUCCCACACUUAAACAAAGAAAGUCAAUUCUGCAAGUGCUUACCUCAAAGAUGCCUCUCUCCAGUCGUGUUGAUUUGGGCCUCCUUGCGGAAAUGACAGUUGGCUACGUUGGUGCAGACUUGACAGCACUCUGUAGAGAGGCUGCCCUGCAUGCUAUGCUUUGCAGUGACAAGAAUCAGAACAACUCGAUGAUUGAUGAAACAGAUUUCCUUGAAGCUUUUAAAAAGAUUCAACCCUCAUCAUUUCGGAGUGUCAUUGGACUGAUGGAUAUCAAGCCUGUUGGCUGGGAUCAGAUUGGUGGCCUUGAUGAUGUAAAACUGAAGUUAAAACAGAGUGUGGAAUGGCCUCUGAAAUUCCCCCGAGAAUUUGUGAGGAUGGGCCUGACACAGCCAAAGGGUGUGCUCUUGUAUGGCCCUCCCGGAUGUGCUAAAACCACCCUUGUGCGGGCUCUGGCCACAAGCUGCCAUUGCUCUUUUGUGUCAGUGAGUGGAGCUGAUCUCUUUUCACCGUUCGUUGGAGAUUCAGAAAAGGUCUUGUCUCAGGAAGAGUUUCAAGAAGUUUUUAAUCAAAAUGUAAUGAUCAUUGCUGCAACAAAUAGACCUGAAAUGUUGGAUGACGCCUUGUUACGGCCUGGAAGAUUAGAUAAGAUUAUUUAUGUUCCACUUCCAGAUCAGAAGGGCAGACUUUCUGUUUUGGAAGUCUGUACAAAGAACAUGCCAGUGGAGCCUGAUGUUUCUUUAGAAAACCUAGCAGCAGAAACCUGUUUUUUCUCUGGAGCUGAUCUUAGGAACCUCUGCAAAGAAACUGUGGGCCCCAUCAAUCUGGGAGGUGGAUGUGGGCAGGAGGUCUCAGCAUCACCAUUUAUAGUUGGAUUCCAGAAGAGCAGAGCCUGGUUUUGGGCCUCUCACUUUUACACAGCAGACCUGUGCUUUGUGAGCCUGGGCCCACAGGCUCUGUGUUUGCCCACACCCUGGUCUCUGAAAGCUUCCUCUGGCAGCCCCCACAGUCAGGAAGUUUUAAUGGUGCAACGGUCCUCCCCCUAUGAAGAUGUGAAAUCAUGUGAGGGUUGCAAUUUCCACAUUGCUUAG